AUGUCCCAAAAAGCUUGUUACGUUUGUGGUAAGAUUGGCCAUUUGGCCGAAGACUGUGACUCCGAAAGACUAUGUUACAACUGUAACAAGCCUGGUCACGUUCAAACGGAUUGUACCAUGCCAAGAACUGUUGAAUUCAAGCAAUGUUACAACUGUGGUGAAACGGGUCACGUUAGAAGUGAAUGCACUGUGCAACGUUGUUUUAACUGUAACCAAACCGGCCACAUCUCCAGAGAGUGCCCUGAACCAAAGAAGGCAAGCAGAUUCUCCAAAGUUUCAUGUUAUAAAUGUGGUGGUCCAAACCAUAUGGCUAAGGACUGUAUGAAAGAGGACGGAAUUAGCGGUUUGAAAUGCUACACUUGUGGUCAAGCUGGCCACAUGUCCAGAGACUGUCAAAAUGACAGGCUUUGUUACAAUUGUAACGAAACUGGCCAUAUUUCAAAGGAUUGUCCAAAGGCUUAG